AUGGCGGCGCGGGGCCGCUGCCCCGAGUGCGGCUCGGGGUCCCUGGUGGAGGACGCGCACUACGCGCAGCAGCAGCUGGUCUGCGCCGCCUGCGGCUGCGUCCUGUCCGAGGGGCUCCUCACCACCACCUACACCGACGAGGAGCAUCUGCGGGAGGUCGCCUAUUCCCAGAGCACCGGCCAGAAGGAGCAGCUGAGCCGCUGCCUGCAGCGAGGGAUCCGGCGGGUCCAGGACCUCUGCAAGGUGCUGCAGCUCCCGGCGGUGUUUGAGGAAACGGCCGUGUCCUACUUCCAGAGGGCUCUGCAGCUCCCUGCCUUCCACCUGGUCAGCCUGGAGAAGAAGGAGCUGCUGGGGGGCUGCUGCGUGUUCGUGACGUGCCGCCAGCACAACUGGCCCCUGACCAUGGGCACCAUCUGCUCCCUCCUGUACGCCAGGCAGGACCUGUUCGCCAGCGUCUACCUGAGCCUGCAGAAGGAGCUGGGGCUCUCGGUGCCCGCCCUGAGCCUGGCAGACCUGGUGACCACGCACCUCAACAGCUUCCGGCUGCUCCAGCCCUCGGCCAACGUCCCCGCGCCGUUCCUGGAGGACAAAGAGAAGCUGCUGGCCCGGACCAUGGCCAUUGUGGAGCUGGCCAGCGAGACGUGGCUGGUGACGGGCCGGCACCCCGUGCCCAUCGUCACGGCUGCGGCGUUCCUGGCCUGGCAGUCGCUGCGGCCCAGCCCGCGCCUCUCGUGCCCCUUGGCGCGGUUCUGCCGCCUGGCCGGGGUGGAUCUGCCGCCCCCGGCCCACCUCAGGCUGAAGGAGCUGCUGGAGAUCCUGCAGGGAAUGGCCUCCCAGCUCUCCUGGCUGCGCGGCUUUGACCUGGACAAGAAAACGGUGGUGAAGCACCUCGGGGACCUGCUGCAGCACCGCGUGUUCCUGCUGAAAAACGCCUUCAGCCAGCAGGACGGGGAGGAGCAGCAGGACACGGCCCCGGGCCAGGGAUCCCCAGGCCAGGAUCCUGGGGGCUCCUUGGAUAAGGAUUCCUCAGGCCAGGAUUCCCCAGGCCAGGAUCCUGAGCAGGGCUGUCCCUCGGCAGGGAAGCCCCGGCGUGGGGGCACCCUGAGGCCGCUGCUCCCACCCUGCCUCAUCCACCCGAGGAAGAGGCUGCGCCCGGCGGCUCCGAGCGCCCCGGCCUCGGCCCUCACGGGCGACGAGCCCAUCUCGGACAGCGAGAUCGAGCAGUACCUGCGCAGCCCCGACGAGAUCCGCGCCUUCAGGAAGGCCAAGGCCUGGCUGUGAUGGUGGCCCAGAGGACGGUGCUGCCAGGGACAGUUUGGGGACCAAAAGUGUGAAGCCCAGCAGGGACAGAGUGAUUGUGCUGCAGAGACAGGCACCCAGGGAAUGAGGCUGUGGGGAGGGAGCAGCCUGGGUCCUCCUUAAUGUGCUGGACCAAAAUGGGGUUUUUAGGGAGUCACUGCUUCAGGUCACAUUACGUUUCUGUUAAAAAUAAAUAAAAGUGCAAGUGCCAGUUUUUCCAGGGGUAGCCUCACCUUGGAUUUCUCAUUCUUCAGCAGAAUGACUUUGUGAGGG